AGUCACGACGGCUCCCUUUGCCCUUUCACGCGCACUCAUUAUUGAUCCCUCUUGCAGCAAAGGUCCGAAAGGCUCUUACUGCUCAUCCGUCGUCAAUAUUCAGGCCAGGCUGGAGCGAAAAGUGCGGCAGGUGGAUGGAGAACCCGGCCAACGACUUCUGCUACCUGAUCAGCCACAACCAGGACGUGACCUGGCAGGAGGCGCGAGACAAAUGCGUCGACCACGGAGGCGACCUUCUCAGCCUUGCCGACGACACUGAACAGAAGUUCAUACAAGAUCUGCGUGACAUUCCGCUGACUCUAUGGUUGGGCGCCAAUGCCGAGAUCACUGAAGGCAGCAAGUGGACUGAUGGAUCCCCGUUCAUUUACAAAAACCUGAAAGCAGAUAAUGCCAGUGACGCCACUGGCGAACGCUGCCUUUCCUUGCUCACUGCCGACGGCGACUGGAAAUUUGACCAAUGCCGAAAAAACAGCAGCUACAUCUGCAAGAGAAGAGGAAGAGUCGAUCAGAAGUCAUGCGAUAUGGUCUACGGGUGGCUCCCUUUCGGCUUCAGUUGCUACAAGAAGAUGGCGACCCCCAACGGUUGGCUAGGGGCUCGGCACGAUUGCGUCGGGGAGGGCGGCGACCUGGUCUCGGUCGCCUCAUCGGGCGAGGAAGCCUUUGUGAAGAAGCAAAUGGGCAACGACGAACCCUUCUGGAUCGGACUCUCCAAUCUGAAAUGCGAAGAGGCUUGGUGUCGGUAUGACAAGAAGCAAAAGAAGCUGACUUGGUCCGAUGUCCGCGUGACGGGAAACUACUCUAACUGGGACUCCCGUCAGGUUGGAAGCUCCGACGUGGAUUCCUGCGCGUACAUCAACCAAGGUGUGUGGACUCAGCCAGGAAAGUGGCGACACGGCUCGUGCAGAUCCUCGUUGCCGUUUAUGUGCGAACGCCCACUGGACGACUGCCCGGAGGGCCGGCCGUGUUCCUUGAAAGACUUGGGUUACCUUCGAGUAGAGACUUCCUCCUGCGACCCUGGCGAAUUCCUGUUUGACGAGUCUUGCUAUCGUUUCGAGGGGGUGAAGAAGGUGCAGUGGGCCGCCGAGAGGGUUUGCAAAAGAAACAAAGGUCAUCUGGCCAGCGUCCUCUCAGCGGAUGAAGGCAAUUUCUUGGCAGCUCACAUGCGAGACGCAGGAAGAUCUCAGCCUUUUGUUGGACUGAAGAAGAAGAAAAACAUUGUAGAGUGGAUUGACGGAAAAUCUACAGACUACGUCACGCAGUUGGUGGGAAAAAAGUCUACAGGACUCGAAGAGUGCUUUGCUCUGUCAGCUUCUGGACAAUUUGAUGAGUGGUCAUGCGCUAAAGAGCAGCCAUCUAUCUGCAAAAAAGCCAAGGUGCAAGGGGCUCUCCCUGUUCUGCCGUCAUCAACAUGGGGACCAGGCUGGAGCAAAAAGUGCGGCUGGUGGAUGGACAACCCGUCAAACGACUUCUGCUACCUGAUCAACCACAACCGUGCCAAGACCUGGCAGGAGGCGCGAGACAACUGCGUCGGCCUCGGAGGCGACCUGCUCAGCAUCACCCACUCUGAUGAACAGAACUUCAUACAAGGGCUGUACGCUCGUCCCCUGAGCAGUCCCACUCUGUGGUUGGGCGCCAAUGCCAAUAUCACUAACGGCAUCGAGUGGAUUGACGGAUCGACGUCCACUUACAAAAAUCUGAAAACAGGCAUCGCCGGAGAAGACCCCGGUGGAAGCUGCCUUUCCUUGCUCACUGCCGACGGCCGCUGGGCAAAAGCCGAUUGUAAGGAGAAGCGCAGCAGCUACAUCUGCAAGAGAAGAGGAAGAGCCAUUCCUAAAUCAACAUGUGAGAAGGGGUGGAGUCUUCACCAGUCCAGUUGCUACAAGAAGAUGGAGACCCCCAACGGUUGGCUGGGGGCUCGGUACAACUGCUUCUGGGAGGGCGGCGACUUGGUCUCCAUCGGCUCAUCGGACGAGGAAGCCUUUGUGAAGAAGGAAAUGGGCAAGAACCCCUUCUGGAUUGGACUCUCCAAUCUGAAAUGCGACGAGGCUCGGUGUCGGUAUGACAACGAGCAAAAGAAGCUGACUUGGUCAGAUGCUCGUGAGACGAUGACCUACUCCAACUGGGCUCCAGGUCAAGUUGGAAGCUCCGAUGUAGAGUCCUGCGCGUACGUCAACCAAGGCUCGUGGACCGAGAAUCAGCCAGGAAAGUGGCGACAAGCCUCGUGCGGAUCCUCGUUGGCGUUCAUGUGCGAGCGCUCGCUGGACGACUGCCCAGAAGGCCGGCAGUGUUCCUUGGAAGACUUUGGUUACAAUAGAGUGGAGACUUCCUCCUGCGACCCCGGCGACUUCCUGUUCGACGACUCUUGCUAUCAUUUUGAGUGGAAACGUAAGAAUUGGCAGGCCGCCGAGAAAUUCUGCAAGGGACGGGAUGGUUACUUGGCCAGCGUCCACUCAGAGAACGAAAACAAGUUCUUGGCUGCUCACGUGCGAGAUGAUAAAGGAUAUUGGCCUUUCAUGGGACUCAAGAAGAACAAAGACAACAAUUUUUUCUGGAGCGACGCAACGUCUGCAAACUACAUCACAGUGAAGGGAGAACAGUCUACAGGACGCGGUGACUGCUUUGCUCUGUCAGCUUCUGGACAAUUUUAUCAGUGGCCCUGCAUCAAAGAGCAGCCAUCUGUCUGCAAAAAAGGUCCAAAAGUCACCACAGCUCACUUUCCCCCUUAA